AUGAAACCACGCCUGCAGUGGGAUGCAGGGGCACCUCCAGUGCCUCAUCCACUACGACGUCACCAGGAUGUGUUGCACAACAUCACGAUGCACCUUUGUGCAACUACCGGGAGCAAUCCCUCAAUGAAGCCUUCGGAGUUAAAGUUCAACGAGAUCAAAAAGUACCUCACGGACUAUUUCUCUCCGACGCCGUUGGAAAUGUCAGAGCGGCAUCGUUUCACAAUCGUAAUCGAGGACAGUCCGAAUCAGCAACGCAUGCUCACCAUGAAGGAUUUGACCGUGACAAAGGCGCUUCAAGAAGCGGUGUCAUACUCCAUCGGGAAGUUGAAUGGAAUCAAGGCAACCUUAAACCUGAAGGAAAAUAUUCAGCCCAAGUUCCUUCGUGCUCGUCAAGUUCCAUACGCACUCAAGGAAAAAGUCUUUGCCGAAUUGGACCGGCUAGAAUCGGAAGGUAUUCUGACGAAAGUCAAUGUCAGUGAAUGGGCUACUCCCAUAGUUCCUGGAGUAAAGCCAAAUGGGACAGUUAGUAUAUGUGGAGAUUUCAAGAGCACCAUCAAUCAACACUUAGCCGUGGAUCAGUAUCCUCUACCACUGGUUGAGGACGUUUUCGCGAAGUUAUCUGGUGGUCAGAAAUAUACAAAAAUUGACCUUCGGCAAGCAUUUCUUCAAAUGGAAGUGGAUCAGAAGUCCAAGCAUUUGCGAACUAUCAAUACAGAAAAGGGACUCUUCCGGUAUAACAGGAUGGUGUUUGGUAUUGCUCCCGCACCCGCGAUCUGGCAACGCACCAUCGAACAAGUUCUACAGGGUGUUCCUAUGACACAUGCAACGCAAGACGACAUAUUAGUGAGUGGUACUACUGAAGAGGAUCAUCUCGAAAAUCUUUCGAAAGUCCUCAAGCGCCUGGAAUCGUUUGGACUCAAAGCAAACCUGUAG